CGUUGUCGAGUUGACACCCUCCCCAAACCUCAGCAGCACCAAAGCUGCAUAGUCGACAUGGCGACUAAGAAAAUACAGCAUCACAUUGCUAAAGAAAGAUGAAAAUCUUCCAAGUUUUUUGGAACGACAUUCGUCAUGUGAUGUGAUCUAAUAUCCACAAUGUGUGAGGACAUUUGAGAACGAUUGAGUUCGGAAGAAGUUUUUCUUGAUUCCAGUGGAAUCUUCCAUAUAUUAUUUUAUUUUUCCUCUGUGUAUAAAUACAGACACAGCCGGCUAAAUCCAGCCCCCCCCCCCAAAUCCCUAACAGUCACACCCAUCACUAUUUAACCAUGCCAGUUCAAGCCCCACAAUGGACGGAGUUCCUGCUGUGCCCGAUCUGCACGCAGACUUUUGAAGAGACGGUUCGUCGGCCUAUUAGUUUGGGCUGUGGACAUACUGUCUGCAAGAUGUGCCUGAAUAAACUGCACCGGAAGGCCUGUCCAUUUGACCAGACAGCCAUCAGCACAGACAUCGAGCAGCUACCUGUUAACACAGCACUGCUUCAGCUGGUGGGAGGACAGGUUCCUAAGGCCCAGCCAGUCGCCUUGAUCACCAGUCCGGAGGACUCUCAGCACUAUGAGGAGGCCAGACAAUGUGUGGAGGAGCUGGCCCUCUACCUUAAGCCCCUCAGCAACACCAGAGGGGUGGGUCUGAGCAGCACCGCCCAGAGCAUGCUGAGCAGGCCGAUGCAGCGGAAGCUGGUCACCCUGGUGCACUGUCAGCUGGUGGAGGAGGAGGGCCGCGUCAGGGCCAUGCGAGCGGCCCGCUCCCUGGGCGAGCGCACCGUCACCGAGCUCAUCCUGCAGCACCAGAACCCCCAGCAGCUCUCCUCCAACCUGUGGGCUGCCGUCCGUGCCAGAGGCUGCCAGUUCCUGGGCCCAGCCAUGCAGGAGGAGGCUCUCAAGCUGGUUCUGCUCGCUCUGGAGGACGGCUCGGCUCUGUCCAGGAAGGUGCUGGUCCUGUUUGUGGUCAGGCGGGUGGAGCCCCGCUUCCCAGGCGUCCAGAAGACCAGCAUCGGCAGUGUGGUUCAGCUCCUCUACCUAACACGGGCCUCCUGCUUCAAGGUGACCAAGCGCGACGAGGACUCGUCCCUCAUGCAGCUGAAGGAGGAGUUUCGUACGUACGAGGCCCUGCGACGUGAGCAUGACUCCCAGAUUGUGCAGAUCGCCAUGGAAGGGGGUCUGCGCAUCGCCCCCGACCAAUGGUCCUCGCUGCUCUACGGAGACCAGUCCCACAAGUCCCACAUGCAGUCCAUCAUCGAUAAGUUGCAGACCCCGGCCUCCUUCGCCCAGAGUGUCCAGGAGCUGACCAUUGCGCUCCAAAGGACAGGAGACCCAGCCAACCUGAACAGGCUGAGGCCCCAUCUGGAACUACUGGCAAAUAUUGACCCCAGCCCUGACGCCCCUCCUCCAACGUGGGAGCAGCUGGAGAAGGGUCUGGUGGCGGUGAAGACGGUGGUGCACGGCCUGGUGGACUUCAUCCAGAACCACAGCAAGAAAGGAGCGGACCCACAGCAGCCUCCCCAGCACAGUAAGUACAAGACGUACAUGUGUCGCGACAUGAAGCAGAAGGGGGGCUGUCCCCGCGGAGCGAGCUGCACCUUCGCCCACUCUCAGGAAGAGCUCGAGAAGUACCGCAAGAUGAACAAGCGCCUUGCGGCUCGUCUCCCCGGCUCGGGGGGGCUGAUGGCGGACGACGGUCUCCCCAUGGACGUGGCGGUCACGCGGAAGCCGUCCCCCCUCCCCAACGGCAGCGCCCUGGGGCCCUCCAUGCCCCAGCUGGUGGCCCGCGGCACCGAGGCCUACGACCUGCUGCGCAAGCCCCUCAAGAUGGACGGGGGUAGUGCCCCCGGCUCGCCGCCCGACCCGCACGACGGCAUGGGGAAGCCCGGCAUGUCUCUUCCACCCCACCCCAUGGCCCACGGCAGGCUCCCGGCGGACCACCUGUCCGGGGUGAAGCAGAUGCCCGUGGUUCCCCGGGGCUCGCCCAUGUACCCCCCUCAGCAGCAGCAGCAGCAGAUGGCCGAGAUGUACUACCCGGACACGCGCCCGCCGCCCUCCUCCUCGCAGUACGAGUCCUCGCAGUACCCCACAGGUUACCCGUACCAGCAGCCGCCUCCCCAGUACGUCCCCCGGAACUACAUCCGCAACGCCCCGCCGCCCCCGGACUCGGCGGGGGCCCCCUACCAGGACCCCUACCCCGGCUACGGCCCGCCGGAGCGCCCCUACCAAGCCCCGCACUCCGGCCCCCCCUUCUCCUAUCCCCCGCCUCACUACGACAACCGCGGCCGCCACGGCUCCUACCAGGCCCCCCCGCCUCCCCCCCAGCCCUACCCCUCCCAGAGGGACGACAUGGUCCGGAUGAGCCCGGCGCCGAUGGACGGGCCGCCGCCGUCGGGGGGGCCGGGCGGCUCGCUCUACCACCAGGAGCCCGGCCCCCGGGAACGCUACCCCUCCGAGGGGUACUACCCCCCGGCCAACCCGCCUCCACCCAUGAGGGCGUAUCCCAGGGACCCGUCGUACGGCCGCUCCCAGCCCAGCCUGGACUACCUGCACCGCCGCCGCCAGGAGCUGCUCUCCCAGCUGGAGGAGAGGAAGGUCAUCUCCCCCCCGCCCUUCGCUGCCUCCCCCACCCUCUCCCACCCCUACCCCAGCGACUACCUGCCGGAGUACGGCGAUGAUGGCUCCAAAGCGUUCGGCAAGGCGGACUACGCGGCCCAGUACUCCCCCUGGUCAUGUGACACCAUCACCUCGUACAUCGGCACCAAGGACGCCAAGCCCAAAGACGUCAUGGCCCCUGGCGCCAUGGAGAUGAUGAAUGUGGAGGCCAAGGGUCUCCGGGACCCCUCGUUGGAGGCCCCGCGUCGGGGCGGCGAGGUGAAGGACGACGACCCCAUCAUCCCCUUCGGCCCCCAGCCCACCGUGUCGCGCUUCGGCGCCAUCUCCCGCACCACCAAGACGGGCUACCCCGUGCAGGCCAUGGCCGCUGCCGCCCAGAACCCCAGCUCCAAACACCUAGCCAUGGCUGCCGAGUACUCCUAUGGGAACCACGGAGGCUGGAGCGCCGGCUCCUACCCCUCGCACCAGGCCGGCUCCUCCACCUCGUCCUCCUCUCAGGGACACUUCAGUGAACGCCUGCCCAUGGCGGCCCCAGACCGAGAGCAGAUGGAGCUGCAGAUGGAGCUGCAGCAGGUCAACCAGCAGAUCAGUCAGCAGACGCAGAUGCACAACAUGGAGGCUGCCAGUAACUCCAUGUUGCUGCAGAGGGAAGCCAGUGCUCAGGCUGGCCACCCGGGGCAGCCCGGCCAGAGCCAGGGGUCCCAGCAGCAGCACCAGCAGCAGCAGGGCAAGUGGCCAGCAGGUGGCAACGGCAACACCACCGUCUCCAGCAAGCAGCUCAGCCUGGAGCUGGACCACGUGGAGAGGGAGAUCGGGAAGAGGACCCGGGAGAUGGCCAUGGACAGCCAGGUGGCCCACGAGGUGCAGCAGUACAAGAUGAAGGCGGCGGAGAACGGCCAGCCCGACCACAAGACCCAGCUGGAGGAGAUCUCCAUGGCGCUCGGUGAGGUGUCCAACGGUUCGAGCAGUCUGCAGGAAAAUGCGGUGGGCGGUUCCAUGAUCUCGCUGACCAAUAAGACGUCUUCGCUGAGCAUGUGCUCCGACCAGGGAGCCGGUCCAUCAGAGAUGCAGAAGAAUGGUGUUGUCCAUUCCUGCUCCUAAGAACACACCACACACACAUACACACAUACACACAUACACACACUGAUGCGCUCAAUUGAAAAGCAUGCACAGGCACACACAUACACAUGUUUUAUUUAGAGGAUGAGCAGUAUCUGCCGUGAUAUGAAUUUUCUUUCUUUUUGUUCUGUGAAUGAGCUUUUUUAAAUGACUUUCAUUGCCUGGAAACCAGGGCAUUUGAUAACAUUUCUUGUUCUUCUUUUUGUUUUCGUUUGUUUUUAUUUACUGGGACUGCUGGUUGAACUAGGAUCUCGACAUGCGUGCGGCAAAAGGAAAUUGGUGGUGGUGAUAUCGGUUGUUGUGACAGACACGGGUUCGAAAAAGGCUAGAUACUAAUUUAUCUUCUAACCAAUUAGGAAUUAGACAAUUUGCCACCUUUGCUGUGUAAUGUAAUUGUCGCAAUAGAUCAACAAAAAAAAUUAUUGAACGGCGGGAGCAUCCGCUACACUACAGUGUGGUCACGUGGUAUUUAUCGCCAGAUCACACGACAACCUGUUGUCCAUCGUAUCCCAUAGUUAACCUAUAAACUCGCAACGGACCACUAUGAAAUGAGCGUCGGAUAAAAGGUGAGUUUAUCGGAAGCCAGGAACCACCCACCCCCCCGCCCACGUCAUUGGAAACGCACGACUGGCCAGAAGAGGGUUUUGUCUGAGGAGGGAAACGCAGUUUAACGGAACGCUCAUCACCAUAUUGCCCAAAAUGCCAACCAUUCAGCCUAGAGUGAGAGGGGGGUCACACUACGGAGCCAGAGGGAGGGGGGACGCCAUGCGCCCCACGUCCCUCUCAAACCACCUGGAGAAGCCUGACUUAAGUGCAUUUUAUGACUACAUCUUAACGUCUGUUUCAUAAUUGAAAAGCAGUAUAUUAUAUAUUUAACCGAAGCAUUCUGUUUUAAAGAUUGCCGAAAAAGAAGAAGAGGAAGAAGAAUAGAAAUCCUUUUUGAUAACGAGGUUUCCUCAUGUUUUCUAUAAGGGAACUUUACUUUUAUGCUUCUCCGGGUUGGUUGGGGGGGACGGGGAAUGGGGGACUUGGCACAGGGAUCCCCUUGUGCCUGCGCUGCCAAAACGGCGCUGGCGUAGUCUCCGUAGGCUCCCUGGGUUUGUUUUAUUUCUUGAAAACAGGCCUUAAUUGGGCUCAUAGAGAGACUGUAUGUGAGCAUCACUCUCUCUUUCUCUCCACUCUCCUCUCUCCCUCUCCCUCUCUCUCUGACGCGGUAGAACCUGUUUCCCUCCCCAGAGCGUCCCGUCUGGCCAGGCAAAAGGCCUCCCCAUUGGGAUUAUCUUGUUAUUAGUUCUCCUUAACUUCUAUGAAGUUGCGUUCCCUCGUGUUUUUGUUUAAAUUUGUUGUCAUGCUUUGCGUUUUGUCUCGACCUCGGCGGGGGAAUGGGUGGGGUCUGGCCGUGGCUUUUCCUGCAAAGGGUUCCCGCGGUCCAGACUCCUCAGGCCUUUCGCCGUCAUGCAGUAUAUAUACACACAGUUCAUGCAGUUGGACACAGGUUUUUUUUUUUUAAAGAUAGUUCCACUCAAGCCUUCCGGCCUCCCCAGUCUGCUCCGCCACAACCUGUUGCACAGCGAUUUCUAUAUUUGUACACUCGCGGAAGCCCUUCCUUGCAAUUUAAAUUAUUUGUAGCUCUACGUAUUUUUUCAAUUCAAAUGCAUAAUCCUGCGUAACGGCGUUGUUUACCGAGCAGAGGGGGGAGGUGAAGUUAAAAGUUUUUGUUUUGCCCGUGUCAUGAGUAGGCAUGUGGGGAAACAACCCUCGCUGUACUAGAGAUCCUGCUGACCCACAGCCCGCUAUCACCACCACUAGCGCCGUCCUCGUACCCCGGCCUGUACGCCGUUUACCACAGACGCUCCCGCUCCCGCGCUGUCUUUGCCUUUUUGUUAUUUUCUUCGCCUUCUAAGCGGCGUACGCGCCCGGGACGCCGGACGGUGACGAGUCGUCUCCCCCACCCCCCCCAAAACGACGAGCGAGUCCUCGUGCUCAAGACGGUUAAAUGUAGAACAUCAGGUGUGACUUGUUUUUCAAUUUAUAGUUUCUGCAAU